AUGGAUUCAUGUGGAAACGGGUUCCGGGCACUAAAAACCAUGCUGGUUGAACGGACCGACCAGUAUUUAAAGAAAAUGGAAUACCUAACUCGCAUGAGGGCGUACAGGCAAGCCGGGAGGUCCAUAGUUUACGUGAAUGCGUUCUUCUAUUACUACCAGCUGGUGGUAUCGCCACAGCACGGAUUGCUCCACAUGGGCUUGCACGGACUGCUCCACAUGGGCUUCCACGGCCUCCAGAAGGAGAGUAGUAAAUAUCUCGAGGCUUGGACAAAAAAUGUACUCAUAGCCGCAAUACCACCCAACUCCGUUAUAGUAUUAAAGUUCGAGCCACAACUUGAGAAGGUGUCACCAACGCCCUUCACGCCCAAAUAUGAUAUGAUUAGAUGGCUUUCAGAGCGCAACAUUCCUUACGAUCCGACCGUUCACAGAGCCGAUUUGUACGCUAUCAUAAAGAAAUUUAAACAACCAAGAGAUGUCAGCGCCAUGGAAGAAAUUUUACGAAGUCAUGGUCAUGACGUGGUGUACCGACCGCACGAACUGAAGAAUCUUGAUUACUUAGAGGUGAUGUGGCCUGGAAUUCCGGUGUAUCGAUGCAAGACAGACACGAUCGUCAAACUGAGAGAGAAAACGCUAGAAGAUUGGCAGAAGUUCGAGGACAUAUUGAUAAAUAGAGAGGAGGCUAUGUACCAAGAAGAGAUAUUAAUGGAAGCUGUGAUCGACAAGAUAUUGACAUUGAGUAAGUAUGGUCAAUUAACUGCUGAGGAUAUGGAUGAAUUUGAUGUGUUUUACCCGAUGAAGACUAUUGCUCUAGUAUAA